AUGUCGCUGCCGCGGUGUUUGACUGCGGACUUUUUUUCCUCCCUGGCGGACUCCGUUGCCAAAGCUGGCGACGGUUUCUUCCAGGAAGUUCACGACUGCUGCUCGGCCGUCAAAAUUCUCUGUCUACAACAGUCCUGCGUCGCCGAGAACAAGUACCUGGUGGAAGUGCUGGAUGGAUCCGUUCCGGUGAAAUACAAACACACCUGCCUCGCGCUGGUUCCUCCAACCGCUGACGGCGAUAAGCAGCUUGUAGGCAAGGUCAUAAGCUUCAACCAGUACAAGAUAACGCCCACCAAAUCGCGUUACCUUAUCAUACUCACCAAGAUCACUAUCGUCCCCGGCGAUUACAGGCACCUAACAUGUCAGCUUGGGCCGGCAUUGGUAUACCAUCCGGGGCUCUCUAUACAGCAGCCGGGACAAACUCCGCCGUCGGCAAUGUGCGUGGCUAAUGACAGCGGCUAUAAUGAGUGCAGGCAACCUCAGGCAGCUGGAGUAGCGGCUGCUGGGCCCAUUAGGAAGCACGAGGAAUCGUUGGCGCAGCGGAAGGCCCAUGGCGCCCCUUACCCGGCAACAACCUCAAAGCCGGUAGUGAAGACGGCCGAUGCGGGUUCUGCCGCGCAAAUCAGCAUAUCAGAUCUCACGAUAUACACGCCUAAGUGGAUUAUACGAGCCAGGGUCUCGCACAAGUCCCAAAUCAGGAAGUUCAACAACCAAUGGGGAGAGGGACAGCUAUUCUCCGUCGAUCUCUGCGAUGCCGAUGGCGAGAUCCGCGCUACGUUUUUCGGAGAAGCUGUGACCAAGUGGUACUACUUCCUCGAGGAGGGGCAGGUUUACUCCUUCAGCGGUGGCCAGCUCAAACCGGCGAACAAAAAGUUCAACAACCUGUCACAUUCUUGCGAAAUCUCGAUGGACGAGAACGCACAGAUACAGCUCGACCAGAAUGACAUCUCGAUUCCGGCCCUACGCUGCACCUUCACGCCGAUCAGCCAAAUCGAGGGCUUGGAGGUUGGCGCCAUCAUUGACGUCAUCGGGAUCAUCGUAAAGACGAGAGACACAAAGCUAGUUCAGCACAAGGGGUCCGGUUCAAACAUCGAAAAGCGCGAUGUCAUGCUCUGCGACAACAGCGGAGCGAGCAUAUGGCUCACUUUGUGGUCGAAGAAGAUCCAACACUUUCAAAACAAUGAAUUGGAUGGGCACCCACUGGUGGCGUUCAAAGGUGUCAAGGUUGGCGACUGGCAAGGCAGGAGGCUGGACACCCAAGGUUCAACCAAGAUCACUGUCGACCCAGUUAUCGCAGAGGCCGCUGAAAUCAGGCAGUGGUGGACCACGACCGGCUGCCAGAUGCGCUUCGAUGCCGGCCGUCAGACACCAGAAGUUCACAUAGAGGACAUAGUUUCCAUUCGCCAAAUCACCAAGGCGGCGAAUCAGGCACUGCAGUUCAAGUCGCUGGGCGACAAUGGAAUCACGUUCACCACCCGCGGCAUAGUCGAAGUCAUCAAGGAAUCCACCUUUUCCUGGCCCGCCUGUUUGGAGUGCCACCGGAAGAUGGUCAACGACCAGGGCCAGUGGACGUGUACCAGGUGCGGCGCGAGGUCGAAGCCGAAGCACACCUACAUCCUCUCACUGAAAAUCGCGGAUGACACAGGCCACCUCUGGGCGUCAGCCGCGAACACUGUCGGCGCCGAGAUCAUGAACUGGGUGCCGGCGGAGGAGUUGCUAUCGCUGUUCGAGGGGGGCGAGGUAAACGCAGACGGGAAGAACUUCAUGAACGUCUUCGAGGAGGCAAGGCUGUCUGAGUUCAUCUUCAAGAUUAGGGUCACCAGCGAGAAGUACAUGGACGAGCUGAGGAUCAAGUAUCGCAUCGCAAAAGCGCUCAGGAUGGGCAAGUACAUGGAUUCUGCCAUCAACUGCCGCAUCAAGGACAUCAACGCGCUGCUCGAAUGA